AUGCAGGAGAUGCUGAAGGAGGUAGAAUAUUGCAGGAAAACUAUUGGCACCAGAUUUAAGGAGCCCCUACAGAUGACUGAUGAGGAGGAAAUUUUAUUCAGACAAGCAGAACAGUGCCAUAUUUGUGGCCAGAAGUAUAAAGAAAUGGAGAAAGAAAUUAGAGUCAGGGAUCAUUGCCACAUCACUGGCUGUACCGCAGAAGUGCUCACCAGGACUGUACUCUGAAGUUGUGGGUUAAUCCAAAAGAUUUUAAGCUGCCUGUUAUUUUCCAUAAUCUCUGUGGGUACGAUUCCCAUUUUAUCAUGCAGGAAAUUGGCGCCAUAGGAAAAGAACAUGAUCUGGAAAUAAACUGUAUUCCAAAUAAUAUGGAAAAAUACGUGGCCUUCAUGUUAGGUAAACAUCUGGUAUUUAUGGACAGGUUCCAGGGAACACUUCCUGUUAGUCAUUCGGGACACGAUGAGUACAGAGGAACAGUAUUAUUAUGAUGGACAAAAUUGAGAUGAUCACUUCUGAAGAAGCAGUCGCUGUGGUUCAAUUCCCCACAUCAGAGGAGUUAAAAUGUUAUACCACAAAGUAAGUAAAUACCAGCUGCUUAUUUUCUCUGUACUUACUCUUUAAUCUUACUAAAAUAAUGCCGACUUACUGCUACACAUGUCAUUAGUGAUAGGAUCUUGGGACUUGCUAGAUGUUGUUCAUGUUGCCUUCUUACAUUUGAUCCCACACGAUGAAAACAAUAUGUUAACUCAUGAUUUUGUUAUCCGUUUUCGAUAAGUUGAACUACAGACAAGUUAGCUUUAAUGUACAUGUAUUUUCUACUUUUCAGAGAACUGGUAGCUUUUAAGGAAAAGAUGUUUUGUUGUCUCACAAAAAUUGCAGAGGACCGAGACUAUUGUGUAGGAGUAAGUAUCCUAUACAGUGAACCAAAGGUGGUUCGCAUCCCAAAAAUAUCUGCACAUGCAUCUGGAUGAUUAUAUGGGUCUGUGCGGCUCUUGGUCUGUGCAAAUAUUGCCUCUCUCUAAGACGGACAGUGUAGGGACUGGCUCAAAAUGUCUCCGUCACAGAGAGGUGUCUGUCUUGAAGAGAGUCAAGUUUCAGUUAAAUGACUAAAUGAGGAGGAAAUUUUAUUCAGACAAGCAGAACAGUGCCAUAUUUGUGGCCAGAAGUAUAAAGAAAUGGAGAAAGAAAUUAGAGUCAGGGAUCAUUGCCACAUCACUGGCUGUACCGCAGAAGUGCUCACCAGGACUGUACUCUGAAGUUGUGGGUUAAUCCAAAAGAUUUUAAGCUGCCUGUUAUUUUCCAUAAUCUCUGUGGGUACGAUUCCCAUUUUAUCAUGCAGGAAAUUGGCGCCAUAGGAAAAGAACAUGAUCUGGAAAUAAACUGUAUUCCAAAUAAUAUGGAAAAAUACGUGGCCUUCAUGUUAGGUAAACAUCUGGUAUUUAUGGACAGUUUCCAGUUUACAGCCGACAGUUUGGAGCAGCUUGCAGAUAAUCUACCUGCAGACAAAUUCAAAUAUACCAGGCAAGUAUUCCAAGAUAAGGAACUAGCAUUAAUGAAAAAGAAA